AUGUCACCCGCUUCACGCACGUCCAUCGUCCGUUUACUCAACCUCACUUCCCACGCCGGAUGUAGAGGUUGUGGUAGGACUCAUUCAGCUUUGCACCAUACUCCACAUGUGCACGAUACCAAAAAUGCUUCUCGAGCUAUGGAAGGAAUGUGGAAGAGGGGUAUGGCGACACCUAUCGAUGGAGGCGGUUUACCCCCAGGAGAUGGAGAUUACGCUUUCGAGAUGGCCGCUUCCAACCUCCGCUUCGGCGCACAUGUCACUCGAGAAGUCGGAAUGGACUUUUCUAACAUGAUCUCUCAAUUACCAACAGUCGAACGAAGUCAAGCGAAGAUCGGUGUGUUCACCGACCCCAAUGUUGCAAGGCUAAACGUCAUGAAGGUUGUCGAAGAUAGUUUGAUGAGAGAAGGACUCAAUUGGGUCUUGUUUGAUAAAUGCGCCGUCGAACCUACUGACAAGAGCUGGCAGGAAGCUAUCAAUUUCGCUCGAUCCUCACAUAUCACCCAUUUUCUCGCUGUCGGCGGCGGCUCUUCGAUGGACACUGCUAAAGCGGCCAAUCUAUUUGUUAAUUAUCCCGAAUCAGACAUGUACGAUUUCAUCAACGCUCCCAUUGGUAAAGGAUUGCCAAUUGCGAAGAAGCUCAGUCCGAUAGGUACCGGAUCGGAAACCACUGGUACUGCCAUACUCGACAUCCCCUCAAGGUCUUUCAAGACCGGAAUUGCGAAUCGAGCAUUGAAACCCACGCUUGGUAUAGUAGAUUUGCAAAACACCGCUACAUGUCCCAAGGAAGUCGCAAUUGCCUCCGGGCUUGAUGUCUUGUUUCACUCGCUUGAAAGUUGGACGGCUGUGCCAUACUAUGAACGUACCCCAAGACCUCUGAAUCCGAUCAAUCGACCCGCUUAUCAAGGCUCUAACCCCCUUUCCGACAUUUUCUCUCGCUGGGCUUUGGAAACCACCAUCAAGUACCUUCCACGUAUAGCUUUGGAUCCCACAGGGGACGAAGAAGCUCGAGCUCAAAUGCUUCUUGCGGCUUCUACAGCCGGUAUUGGAUUUGGCAACGCCGGUGUUCAUCUCUGUCAUGCUGCGUCGUAUCCUAUUUCCUCAUUGAACAAAGGUCGACCGAAAGAGAAACAAUAUCAUCACCCUUCUUAUUCCCCAACAGUACCUCUGAUCCCUCACGGCGUGGCAGUAUCUUUGACCGCUCCGGCAGUGUUCGACUUCACCGCACCAUCUUCACCGAGCCGACAUCGUGAAGCCUUGUCCGUGUUUCUGGGGAAAGAACGUCAAGGGGAGGCUAUAAACGUGAGGGAUGAGGAUUUAGGUCAAGCGUUGAGGGAUGAGAUCCGAAAGUUCUUAGACCUCGUCGGUGUUCCUAGAGGGUUGAGUAAGGUAGGGUAUAGUAAAAGUGAUGUAGGGGCGUUAGUAGAAGGGUGUUUACCACAGAGGAGAGUGUUGGAUCUGGCCCCCGUGUUAAGUCGGGGGAAUCAAGAAGAGGAACGGGAACAGUUGACGGGGAUUAUUGAGAGAUCUUUGGAGUGGUAG